UUAAUUUCAAACAGCUUGCCCCAUGAGAUCGGCGCACGCCAUAAUCUAAUGGACAAGUAUGAUAACUUUACAUUGGAUGCAAUUGUGCAGGAGAUGCGAAAGAAUGAUAUUCGAUUAUCGUUAAUAGCACCAAACAAGGGAUUGAAGGAGUUUGAGCGCAUGGUGACUGAAGUCAAUGACAGCAAAGCAGAGCUGCAUACAGUAACAGAACCAAUCUCGCCUGAUUACAUUGUCCAACUUGCUGGAUUCAAGUUGCCUGUGCCAGCACCAGCGCCCGUUAUGGAUGAUAAGAAACAAGUAGCUUCAAAGCGAGUAGCAGAUUCAAGUGCUGCUGCUGCAACGUCGCCACAAUCGGUAUCGUCUACGGAUUCAAACAUAAAACGGAAACGAGACAAUGUUCCUGGGCAAAUCAAUCUUCCGAAGGCUACAGUGGAUCCUGCUAAAUUUGCCCAAGUGCACCAAAAGCAUUUGAACGCUGUUAAUGCAGCACCUACAACACAGCAGCAACAGCCACAAAUUAAACGGGAGCCGAAUGCGCCACCAAAGCAGCAGCAGCCUAAUAUCUCGAUGGAGCAACAGCACAUGUCUGCUACGAUGGCACAGCAAAAUAUGAUGGCAAGACCGCCGCAGAAAGCAGAGAGCGUAUCUUCGUCUCCAUCUGUCAAGGCCACGCCACCACAGCAGCCUCUGCAACAGCCAACACCACAACCACCACAACAGCCGACCCCUCUUCCUCCUCAACCUACCAUGCCCCCUCAACAGCAAGCUUCACAGUCUCAAAGACAAAUGGCACCUCAACAACGACCGCCACCACUGCCGCAACAGCAGCAGUUACCACAGCAGUUCCAAAAUACACCACCGCAGCAACAGCUCACUCCCCAACAGCAGCCACAGCAGCCACAAGCAGCUCUUUUAUAUUCUAGCUAUCAAGACGGCGAUAUCAAUUCAUCCGACUAAUGGAUAAACUAUGUGAUAGAGGAUGGAUCAAGGGCGUAUCAGAACUUCUCCUGAAGAGCGUUAUGUUAAUCGGGCACAUCUUUGAAACCGGCGUUAGCUGAUGUAAUGGCCGAGGUACCUGUUGAUAGGUUU